AGAACUUUCCAAAAUGGUGCUUGAAAGUACGAUGGUCUGUGUGGACAACAGUGAAUAUAUGAGAAAUGGCGACUUUCUACCAACGAGGCUACAGGCUCAACAAGAUGCUGUAAACAUUGUGUGCCACUCCAAAACACGAAGCAAUCCAGAAAACAAUGUGGGUCUCAUCACCAUGGCAAAUAAUUGUGAGGUGCUAACCACACUGACACCAGAUUCUGGCCGCAUCCUGUCCAAACUCCAUGCUGUCCAGCCCAAAGGAAAGAUCUCUUUCUGCACGGGCAUCAGAGUGGCUCAUCUGGCCCUAAAACACAGACAAGGGAAAAACCACAAGAUGAGGAUUAUUGCAUUUGUUGGAAGUCCGGUGGAGGAUAAUGAAAAAGAUCUUGUCAAAAUGGCAAAGCGCUUGAAAAAAGAGAAAGUGAAUGUGGAUGUUAUCAACUUUGGAGAAGAGGAGGUGAACACAGAGAAGCUGACUGCUUUUAUAAACACUUUAAAUGGGAAGGAGGGGACAGGAUCCCACCUGGUCACAGUCCCUCCGGGGCCCAGUCUGGCUGAUGCGCUGCUCUCCUCUCCCAUCCUGGCUGGCGAAGGAGGCUCUAUGAUGGGUCUUGGUGCCAGCGACUUUGAGUUUGGUGUGGAUCCCAGUGCUGAUCCAGAGCUAGCCCUGGCCCUGCGUGUAUCAAUGGAGGAGCAGCGACAGAGGCAGGAGGAAGAGGCCCGCAGAGCUGCUGCUGCUUCUGCAGCUGAGGCAGGCAUGCCCACACCCAGCGCAGACGAAUCAGAGGAGGCCCUACUGAAGAUGUCAGUAUCUCAGCCUGAGAGUGGUGCAGCAGUGCUUCCUGACUUCAGUAGCAUGACAGAGGAGGAGCAGAUAGCCUAUGCAAUGCAGAUGUCUCUUGCUGGAGGAGAGUAUGGAGAAAUGGACACGGGAGCCCCGAUGGACACUGCAGAAUCAGCGAAGGAGGAAGAUGACUAUGAUGUGAUGCAAGACCCAGAGUUCCUACAGAGCGUUUUGGAGAACCUGCCGGGUGUCGACCCGAACAACGAGGCCAUCCGCAAUGCCAUGGGCUCCCUGGCCUCCCAGACAGGAAACAAGCCAGAUGGCAAAAAGGAUGAAGAGAAGAAGAAAUGAGGAACAAAGAGACUUCAGACAUUGACCAGAAAAGAGAACAAUUGCAGACAAAUGCAGGAUUACUUUAAUAAAUGAAAAAUCGCUGAUGCAUUGUCUGACUGACAGCCCAGCAUGAAACAGCACUCUGACAUUUAAUACCAUUGUUUUUGUCAGACACUCAAAAGCACCAAUAGAUUAACUAUUUAGUCUGAAAUUUGACUGCCCAGUAACAUAAAUUGAUGUCAUCUUCAAAAUGUAAAAGGACAUACUCAAAUUGCCAUGUGCACUCUUUACCUUUAUUUUCUCUAUGUGGUAUAAUUACUCACAAUUGACCUGUAAAAGAAAGAAUUUGAGAUGACAGGAUCUUAAAAUAAACAGCCACACUCCUGUCAUGUCUUUGUGUUUUUUGCAAUAAAAACUGUGUGUAAAUA